AUGUCGCACGAGUCUGAUUACGACUCUUCGUCCCACUCCCUCAUGACAGAAGACGAGGAGGACUGGGAGGACUAUGUCAAGGGCGGAUACCAUCCUGUCCAUAUUGGCGACACCUUCUCCGACGGUCGCUACGUCGUCGUACGCAAACUCGGCUGGGGCCACUUCUCCACGGUCUGGCUUGCACGCGACACCCGCUUCAACCGCCACGUCGCCCUCAAGGUCGUCAAAUCGGCCCCGCGCUAUACGGAGACCGCCCUCGACGAGAUCAAGCUCCUCCAGCGCAUCAUCUCCUCCGACCCCACCCAUCCCGGCCGUAGGCAUGUCAUCGCCUUCCUCGACCAUUUCCGCCAUCGCGGACCCAACGGAACACAUGUCUGCAUGGUCUUCGAGGUGCUCGGCGAGAACCUCCUCGGCCUCAUCCGCCGUCACCAAAACAAGGGUGUGCCCCUCCACCUCGUCAAACAGAUCUCAAAGCAGAUCCUGCUAGGACUUGAUUAUAUGCACCGCUCUUGCGGCAUGAUUCACACAGAUCUUAAGCCCGAAAACGUGCUUAUAUGCAUUGAUAAUGUAGAGGAUAUCAUUCAGACAGAGCUUGCCAACCCUGCCUCCGGACCCGCUCCAACGAAGCUCAUCGGUGUCCCGCCAUCGCGUGGGCGAGGCGGGAACCAAACACCGCGCUCAGAGUCCGUUUUCAUCACUGGCUCGCAACCCUUGCCCUCGCCCUCGAGUUCGUAUGGCUCGAGUCCUAUGCUCGAUAGAUGGCAGUUCGGCAUGACGAAGCUCGACAGCGACGCCGAUGACCAGAGCUCCGGCAAGGGGAAGAGCAAGAGCGUCGAAGGCACAACGGGAGAGGGGGACGAAGCGCGCACGGCUGGCCCGGGGCGCUCGGACUCGACAGACAAGACCGCCGACGCUAUCGCCUCGGUAUCGCUCAACACGCCUGCAAAGCCUGGCCCAGGACCAUCACUGCUGUCACAGCAGGCACCUACGCCAGGUUCUGCAGGUCAACGCACCGGCGAACGAGCAGACCCGAUGGCGGUCUCCGGUAGCAUAACGGAAGCAACAGGGGACGGCGUUCCGUUAUCUACAAGUGCGAUGUCUGUCGAUGCCUACUCCCGACAAUCGACGUUGGACUCUGCGUCAACGAGCGAAUCGCAAGCAUCGGGCAUGCAGGAAUUAAUGAAUGCGACUGAACGGAUCACAGUUAAGAUAGCUGAUCUAGGGAAUGCAACGUGGAUUGAACAUCAUUUUACGGACGAUAUCCAGACUAGACAAUACCGGUGCCCAGAGGUUAUCCUCGGGGCCAAAUGGGGACCUAGUGCGGACGUAUGGAGUGUGGCUUGCAUGAUUUUUGAGCUUAUCACUGGUGGAGACUACUUAUUUGAUCCCGCUUCGGGGUCCCGAUACAGCAAAGAUGAUGACCAUAUCGCACAAAUCAUAGAGCUCAUUGGGGAAUUUCCAAAAAGUAUAGCGUUCUCUGGCAAAUACAGCUCAGAGUUCUUCAACCGAAAAGGCGAAUUGCGCCACAUUCAGAAGUUGCGUUUCUGGCCGUUGGAAGCGGUAUUGCACGAUAAAUAUUUGCUUCCGAAGGAACAAGCAGACGAGAUUGCUUCGUUCCUAACUCCCAUGUUACGCUUGCACCCAGACAAGCGUGGGAGUGCUGCAGAGCUCGUGCAUCACUCGUGGCUAGACGGUGUACUCGUGCAAGGUGAGGUUGAGAUGAUCCGGCAGGCAGAGGAAGAAGAUCUUCGACGACGCGCAGCUGCUGCGCAGCAACAGCAGGCGCAAGGUGGAGCUGGCAGUGGUAUGGUGAGAAGUAUAAGUGCGGCUGUUGGGAGCGAAGGACGUGCACGUCUUGCAUUGGCAAAUGAAAGGCAGCAGAUUGAGGAGUUGCACGAUGCGGAUGCCUUGAAACCUGUUGAUGAGGUGUUCGCGCCGGAAGACGCGGUGGAAGGACAGCCAUCAGCUAUCGUCACUUCGUCGAGCAGUCAGAAAGAAAAUCAGAAUCAGAACCAACGACAAAGCCAGAAUAACGCACAUCCACAUGCCCCGUCGGGUGGACCUCCGCAUGGAUCUGGGCACAAGCACACGGGGUCGAAGUCGGGCCCUUCUGUUCGUAUUGACACGAGUGGGAAGGGUGGUGGUAAGAAACGGGAAUGA